UGGGUGCGGGGGCGAUGCCACGCUCAUUGCUCUGCCUGCUGUCGACAUGCCACCCUACACCAUCGUCUACUUCCCCGUCAGAGGGCGCUGCGAGGCCACCCGGAUGCUGCUGGCCGACCAAGGGCUGCCCUGGAAGGAGGAGGUGGUGACCAUUGAGGCCUGGAUGAAGGGCGACGCCAAGGCCGCCUGUCUGUACGGGCAGCUGCCCAAGUUCCUGGACGGGGACCUGACUCUGUUCCAGUCCAACGCCAUCCUCCGUCACCUGGGCCGCUCGCACGGGCUGUACGGGAAGGACACGCGGGAAGCGUCCCUCAUUGACAUGGCGAACGACGGGGUGGAGGAUCUGCGUCUGCGCUACGUGCGUCUCAUCUACCAGAAUUAUGAGGACGGCAAGGAUCAGUACGUGAAGGAGCUGCCCGCCCAGCUACGACCCUUCGAGGAGCUGCUGGCCCGGAACCAGGAGGGCAGAGCGUUCAUCGUCGGGGAGCAGAUCUCCUUCGCAGACUACAACUUGCUGGACGUGCUGCUGAUCCACGAGGUCCUGGCCCCCGGCUGCCUGGCUUCCUUCCCGCUGCUGCAGGCCUACGCGAAACGGCUGUCCGCCCGCCCCAAGCUCCAGGCCUUCCUCGCCUCCCCUCAGCACCUGAAUCGGCCCAUCAACGGCAACGGCAAGCAGUGAGGGCCCACCCGCACCCGGGUCCCCACCUGGCCUCGUGGCAACCAAUAAAAGUUUUCAAAGAUCGUGAACUAC